AUGUGGCUGAGGCCAGUUGUUAGGCGGCCCGUUCGUUCCCCACUGUGGCAACGGCCCGUAAUCAGAUACUCCUCCACGUCUUCGUCCAGUUUGGCUGCUCAGGAGCAAGCUGCCAAUCGCGACCUAUCCAACCCCUCAGUUCAGGCCGCUUUCUACAAGUCCUUGAUAUCCUCCAACUACCCGCACAUUGUUGUUUCGCGGUAUGAGACUCCCGGAAUUGCCACGUCGCCAGAGUGUUCCCAGCUGUAUAUUGAUGCUUUGUAUAAGAUGGGUGACACACAGAAGGCAGAGUCGGUUGCAAGAUCCUUGGGAAUGACCGUUAAUGCUGGCGCCAACACGAAUGGUUACGGUUUCGGACAAUCUGCGUAUGGUUCCAGAACUGAUCCUGUUCAUGUUAUUGUGACAGAGUCUCCGUUGAUAACUAUUUCCAAAUGGAUCAAGUGGCUUAUUCCUGUUGGACUUACGUCGUACGGAGCGUACUUGUUGUUCAACUAUCUUGUUGAGAACGGUUCCAUCAUUAAAGGUUCGAGCGUCGAGGAUAAGAGCGUCGAAGUUAGCGAAUCUACCGUCAAAUUCUCCGAUGUUUGUGGUGUUGACGAGGCUAGAGCCGAGCUCGAGGAAGUUGUUGAGUUUUUGAAAGAUCCUUCCAAGUUCACCGGUCUUGGUGGUCAGCUUCCAAAGGGUGUUUUGCUCACAGGCCCUCCAGGUACCGGUAAGACUCUGCUUGCCCGUGCAACUGCCGGAGAGGCUGGCGUCCCGUUCUUCUUCAUGUCGGGAUCCGAGUUCGACGAGCUGUAUGUGGGUGUGGGAGCCAAGAGAGUCAGAGAACUGUUCUCAAAGGCCCGUGCCAGAGCUCCAGCCAUCAUCUUCAUCGACGAGCUAGACGCAAUUGGAGGAAAAAGAAAGAGCAAGGACCAGGCUUAUGCCAAACAGACAUUGAAUCAGCUCUUGGUCGAGCUGGAUGGAUUUUCCCAAACUGAGGGUAUCAUCAUCAUUGGUGCAACCAACUUCCCAGACUCGUUGGACAAGGCUUUGACCAGACCAGGAAGAUUUGACAAGGUUGUUAAUGUGGACCUGCCGGACGUCAGAGGCCGUCUGGCCAUCUUGAGACACCACCUGAAGAACAUUGCUGUGUCGAAAGAGGUUGACCCUUCUGUUAUUGCCAGAACUACCACGGGAAUGUCUGGUGCAGCUCUGAAGAACCUGGUCAACCAGGCUGCGCUGUACGCCUCGCACCAGAACGCUUUGAGUGUCAACAUGAACCAUCUUGAAUGGGCCAAGGACAAGGUGUUGAUGGGUGGAGAGAGAAAAACAAUGGUCAUGACCGAGGAGACUAGAAGAAACACUGCAUAUCACGAGGCUGGGCACGCGAUUGCUGCCAUGUUCACCGACGGAGCUACUCCUUUGUACAAGGCCACCAUCUUGCCAAGGGGCCGGGCUUUGGGAGUCACGUUCCAGCUCCCAGAUAUGGACAAACACGAGAUCACCAAGAGCGAGUGCUACGCGCGCUUGGACGUGUGUAUGGGAGGAAAGAUCGCCGAGGAGAUGCUGUAUGGACCAAACAACGUCACCAGUGGAUGCUCCUCGGAUUUGUCGUCUGCCACGAGCACUGCCCGGGCAAUGGUGACAUCGUACGGUAUGUCGGACAAAAUUGGUCCUGUCAAGCUGUCUGACCAAUGGGAAUCGUGGUCUCCAAAGCUAAGAGACAUGGCUGACCAAGAAACACGAACGUUGCUUGUCGAUUCGGAAAACCGGACCCGGAACCUUUUGCGUGAGCGUCGCGUCGAACUCAAGAGACUCGCCGAAGGACUGCUCGAGUAUGAGACGUUGACCAAGGACGAGAUGGAAAAGGUGGUUAAGGGAGAGAGCAUCAACAAGACUAAGGUGUCUACCAACAAGGUGAUCAAGUCUCCUCGGCCGCGUCAGGAGUACGAUAUUGCCCCGGACGACCAGCCGAUCGGAGUUUCUGCCAAGGCAUGA